UCAUCAUCAUCAUUCCGCGUGAAAUCGUAUUCCAGCGUCCUACGUCCUCGAGCUGCCUCGGAAUUGAAAUCUUGAAGACAGCCGGUCCAGCGUGCCGUGAAAAUGCCGAGUGAAAAGGCCAUGGAUAACCUGAAGAAAUACUACACCACGAUCUACGCCCAGUGCUUCUCGCCUUGCCAGAAGUACCUCGUUGCUGCCAGCAACUACGGCGAGAUUGCCGUCUUCGCAGCUUCCGAGUUCCUUUCUAACGAAGAGACGGAAGCAGAGGACCACUCCAGAGAUCCCAUCUACAAAUUCCAGGCUCACAGCAGCAGCAUAUUUGCCUUGGUUAUGUCCGAAGACUUUUUGAUCAGUGGCGGCAAUGGGGAGAUUUUAGCCUGGGACUGGAGCAGCCUCAAGAAGAAGUCGGCCAAGAAGUCUUGGUCUCUCAGCAUACCUCAAGGAGAAAACAUUGUGCAGCCUGAAGUCAACACGCUGGUCCUCACUGGAAAGGACUCUGAGCAGAGGGUUCUCUUGGCGGGAUGUGGCGACAACAAGGUUUAUGCGUGGGACAUUGAAACACGAAUACUGCUGUCUACGUUCGACCGGCAUGUGGACUACAUUCAUGCGCUGGCAGUGAAGGCAAACAAUGUCGAAGUUUUUUCUGCGAGUGAAGAUGGCUCGGUCAAGCUGUGGGAUCUGAGAACCCCAGCCAAAGAAGUUUCCUGUAUCGAACCCUUCAAAAAUGAGGAAUUACAGCGACCACGAUACGGCAAAUGGAUUGGAUGCGUCGGUCUGGACUCUAGUGAUGAGUGGGUGAUCUGUGGCGGUGGUCCCACCCUCUGCAUCUGGCACACGAGGAGCCUGAGCCCGGUUACGCCGUUGAGCGACCUGAAGAGGCCAGCGCACGUGGCCCACUUCUACAGUGACAUGGUGGUCGCGGCGGGGGGCGAUCCGAAUGUCUACCACUGGAGCUUCAGCGGAGACCUGAAAGCCAAGGUGGAGACGUCCGCAUCCAACCUCUACAGCAUCGCGCUCAACGAGGAGGCCCCAUACAAGGGCCUUUGUGCUGCUGGGUCAAGCCACAAGAUCCUUGUUUGCACAAACUUUUUGUACAGAGAUUUUUUCCUGAGGUUUUAGUACCUCUUUUGCUCUCCAUCCUGUUUGGGUUGUCAUAUUCUCUUGAAUUUUGGUCAUGAAUUUAUAAAUUGCCCUGCCUAAUGACAUCAGUCUGAUGCAAAGACUGGUAGAUGUCCACCAUCAUACUACAGAGUCGCUGCACCACAUUGGCUCCAUGCAUUCAUGAUUUGAAUAAACUCAUUGCUUGUGCUGUACAA